CAGGAAGGCAGAAAGGUACGGUUGUGACGUUUAAGUUUCCAACAAAUGAACAUCGAUAUAUACAGUUUGUAUUACGAUAGGUGCCAAUUAACCUUGCACUGAUUGUGUUUUAGUACCAUGGGUCGUAAAGUGACUGUCGCGGUUUGCACGUUGAACCAGUGGGCUCUUGACUUUGAAGGAAAUCUACACAGAAUUCUCCAAAGUAUCCAGGAAGCCAGGGAAGCAGGAGCAAGUUUUCGUAGUGGUCCAGAACUAGAAAUAUGUGGCUACAGCUGUGAAGACCAUUUUUACGAAAGUGAUACUCUCUUGCAUUGCUGGGAAGUGUUACUGGAACUCGUUAUUAGUCCACUUUGUAAGGACAUGUUAGUUGAUGUAGGAAUGCCUGUCAUGCACAAGAAUGUCACUUACAAUUGCCGAGUUGUGUUUCAUAACAGGAAGAUACUUUUGAUCAGACCCAAGUUAAUUGUAUGUGAAGAUGGUAAUUACAGAGAGAGUCGGUGGUUUUCGCCAUGGAGAAAGGAGCGGGUACUGGAGGAAUAUCACUUGCCACGUAUGAUCUCAGCGUACACUGGACAGACAGUUGUACCAUUUGGUGAUGGUGUUAUUUCUACAAGAGACACUUGCAUUGGUUUUGAAAUCUGUGAAGAACUCUGGAAUCCACAAAGUUCACACAUUGCAAUGGGACUGGAUGGUGUGGAGCUGAUAGUCAAUGGUUCAGGCUCAUACAUGGAGCUCCGGAAAGCUUACGUGACUGUAGAACUUGUCAAGUCAGCUACACUUAAGUCUGGAGGUUGUUAUUUAUUCAGUAAUCUCCGAGGUUGUGAUGGCCAGCGCGUUUAUUUCAACGGUUGUUCCUGUAUUGCUCUCAAUGGUGGUAUUGUGAAUCGUAGCCAACAGUACCGGCUACAAGAAGUGGAAGUUGUGGUGGCAACGGUGGAUUUGGAAGACAUCCGUGCAUAUCGAAAUGCUAUCCGUUCUCGCUCGCACCUUGCAGCUGCUUCACCUGCCUAUCCCCGAAUCCAAGCUGAUAUUGCUCUUUCAGUUGAGAAGGGUAUUGGGUUACCUACAUGUGAACCGAUUGAAUGGAUUUACCACUCUCCUGAAGAGGAGAUCGCUCUAGGACCAGCAUGCUGGCUGUGGGAUUACCUCAGACGAUCAGGUCAAGGUGGUUUCUUCUUGCCACUGAGUGGAGGAGUUGACUCUUCUAGUGUUGCCAGCAUUGUGUUCUCAAUGUGCCGUCUGGUUGUAGAUGCCAUUCAGACAGGAGAUUCUAAGGUUUUGUCAGAUGUGCGUCGAAUUGUCUGUGAUGGGGAAUACGUGCCGACAAAGCCACAAGAAUUAUGUGGACGCUUGUUUGUUACUUGCUACAUGGGCAGUGAAAAUUCAUCACAGGAGACUAAGAGAUGUGCAGUGUGCCUUGCUGAACAAAUCGGCAGUUACCACAUGAAUAUCAGCAUUGAUGUGGCUGUAUCUGCUGUUCUUGGGAUCUUUACUGCUGUGUCAGGAUUAGUUCCAAGAUUUGCCUCUAGGGGUGGCAGCGCUAGAGAAAGCCUUGCAUUGCAGAAUGUUCAGGCUCGGCUGCGUAUGGUUCUGGCAUACCUGUUUGCCCAACUGAUGUUAUGGGUUCGGUACCGAUCUGGAGGCCUUUUGGUGUUAGGGUCAGCAAAUGUGGAUGAAGCACUACGAGGUUACAUGACCAAGUAUGACUGUUCCAGUGCAGAUGUUAAUCCCAUUGGUGGAAUUUCUAAGACUGAUCUGCGCAGCUUCCUUCUUUAUGCUAAGAACAAGUUUAAUCUGCCAAUUCUGAGUGAAAUCCUUGGAGCACCCCCCACAGCUGAACUCGAGCCUCUGGAAGGUGGACGUCUCACUCAGACAGAUGAAGAAGAUAUGGGCAUGACAUAUGCAGAGUUGUCAGUAUUUGGACGUCUUCGCAAACAAAACAAAUGUGGACCAUACUCUAUGUUCUGCAAACUGAUUCACACAUGGCGUGCAGAUUGCACACCAGAACAAGUGUCCAACAAGGUGAAACACUUCUUCCGUUGUUAUGCUAUCAACAGGCACAAGAUGACAGUACUCACUCCUGCAUAUCAUGCUGAAAGCUAUUCGCCUGACGACAACCGUUAUGAUCACCGUCCUUUCCUGUAUAAUGUACAGUGGACAUGGCAGUUCAGAGCCAUAGAUGAACAGCUGCAAACACUGAUUGCAAAUGGUGGUGGGCGGUGGGAGGAGCAUGUCAACAAAGCUGCUUCAGAGCACAGAGGUCCCUCAUCUGUGUCAGGGAAUCAAGGAAGUGCGGCAGGGGGUCCACCGUCCUUGUCUGCAGUCAGCAAAAUUCUUAAAGACCCACACAAAGGUGUUGUAGUACCAACAAGAGCCCCUCCAAGUGAUCAUAUGAUGAAAUUGGAAGAACAAAACAAAUGGCAUCACCCAUCAUCUGUGAAUCAUUUGGUGUUAUCUGCAGCUGAGUAAUUCUGUUUCAUUCAUUCAUUCAUCUCUGUCUCGCCUCAUGUUCGUGACUCAUCAGAGGGAAAUCUAUGGUUUGUUCCUCUGGAGCAAGAUGAAAUAAAAGGAAAUAUAUAUUGGUGUUAGGGUAAGAAGCAAAAGUUAAACUUUGAUAGGGGUAAGUCAGCUCAGGUGUGUGUUAAUGGAACAGGCUAAAAUUUGCAAAGUUGACACCCUUUUAUUUGUAUUGGUUCUUAAAAUGUAACAAAUAGUCCUCUAAUAAGCAUGGUAAUAUUUCAGUUCAUCUAUAGAAAUAUUAACUUUGUUUAUUCACAUAGAUACAAAACUACAAAAGUAUGCAAACAGGCAGAAUGAAUACCCAUAUGUAAUCAGAACAAAAUAAGAUAGUUGAUUCUUUAAGAAAAUUGCACUGAAAUAAAAUAUUCCAUAUCACUAUUUGAA